UAUGUUGGCCAUUUGUGUGAAUUAAAGAUACAACUCAUCCAGUCACUCUGCAAUCACUAAUGCCAAUGCGGGUCAGUUUUCAAAAAUAGAUUUUGAUAAAUCCUGAUAUUUCUUAAAAAAAAUAUUAUUAAUAUUACACGUAUAAAUCUGACCAACAUAGCAAUUUGACCUAAAUUAAAGGUCUUUCGAUCGAAGUUUGUUGGAUAAUUGCAAUUGUCCCGAAAUUAUUUUAAUUGGCAAAUCAACUCCUCAUACCUCUGCCAAACUAAUUAAUCGUGAUACUUAGUUUGUAACAUGAUGUAACAUAAUGUUUCCGUUAAUUAAUUGUAAUUACAAUCAAAACGGAUAAUUGCGCAAUAUUCAAAUGUGUGUCUUAUUUUCCCAUAUAUGUUAAAUAAAUACAAUUCAGAUUGAAAUAAACAUUUACAAAACCGCAAUAUUAUAUAACAAUAAAAUAAGAGCGAAACAACCCACUUGUAAGGGCGAAACGACUAAGGGUGACAUAGGGCGAACAGGUUUUAGGGCGAAACGACCCGAUACCAAAUUAAAACAAGAAAUUACACAAAUAGUUUACAAAAUUACGCUGCUAUAUCAGUUGAACUGUUCAAUUAACUUAUUUUUGUUGCUACCCUUUUCUUUAAUGUUACAGUAAAACCAAGAUAAAUGUGAUCCAGAUCUCCACAAAAUCAAACAAUGUUGUCCAAUUUCAUCCACUAAUGAUAACUAACUUUAAAUAAUAAUGGUCGGUAGGUAUUUGAUUUAAGCGGAAUUUUUAAUGUUUCAGCUUUGUUUGUAUCUUCAUGUUUAGUUUUUUUUCCCCAAAACCUAGCCCACUCCGGAACGAGUCUAUGACAAAACAUUACCUACGGAUAAAACCUUGGAACUGAUGUACCGGUAUAAGGAAUUACAACUAUAUAUGAACCAUAACAUUUUUGCUGGAAUUCUAGUAUCAUCCUUCACAUUGCUUCAGUGUUUAUUUGAAUAAAGAACCUGUGGACCUUGUUAAGCUCGAUUGGUAAUUGUCGGCUCGGGAACUACUUAAAUGUACACCGGGUACAAAAAAAAAUUAGCCGACAACGACCGAUUUAGCGUUAGAAUUCCCGCGUACGUUUUAGUAUUUUUCCGUAUCCGGGGUACAUUUAAGUAUACUUAAGAGUUCCCGGGGUACAUUUAAGUAGUACCCGAGCGAUAAUGACCAAUCGAGCCCUUGUUAAUAUAAGCUUAGUCUAAACGUAGAAACAUCAGCCGAUUCGUUACACCGAUAGUGAAAUAAAACGAAAAUAAACAUUUGUUUAAUGUGUUUAUGCUGUCAACUUUUGUAAAUAUAUUUCUAUAACGGUCGUAAAUAACCAAAGCUUAUCUGAUUUUUUUUUAUUCGCAAACCGAGAUCUCGUGUAACCUCUGCUGCACCAUACAAGUUUACGGUUCUGUGGUGCCAGAGUCCACAUACAAUUGGGUUUAUUAUUGUGAUAAAUUUGGAAUAACUGGCGUUACAGAGUAAUCCAAUCACGUUCUUAAAGGUUUACAAUGGAGUUACGAGAAAAACUAUCGAAACAAUUAGAAGGCUUUCCCUCAUUAAAGAAACACGAGAGUGACAUAAGGAAAAUAGUGAAAACUUCUUCAGACAUUGAACAUGCUAUUAGAAAAGAAUUAGACGUUUUUCUUUACGAAGAUUCACCAAGAUCUAAACUGGAAGAGAUAAGAGCGUAUGACAUGUUAUCCUUUAUGUAUAACAUAUACGGUGACGAAGAAAACACGAAGAAAUACAUCGAGAAGGCACUCGAUAUUGACCCAUCAAACAUUAUUACUCUCACGUGCAAAGCGCAUUUCUUUCUUGAUAAAGAAGAGCGGCUUAUUGAAGUGAAAGACAUUAUUCAUGAAGUAAAUACUGCAAUGGAGAAACAAUACCGUGUUAUACAGGCUGAUGCCGAGAUUGCGUAUGCCUUCUCUCGUUGUGGAAUGAAGAUGUAUUCAAAAGCAAUUGCCCGUUUUGAAAGCGUUAUUGAGAAUGCUUCUCGAAUUACUGACGCCAAUCAACCGCUUGAAUGGACAACACAUGUAUGUAUUUGGACGUUUGGUCUUGCUCUCACAAAGAGAAGACUCCUGCACCCUUGCAACACGAUCGAUCCGGUCGAGAUGAGCGAAUAUUUGAAAGCACAUGGGUCAGUUAUUGAUUUACUUAAAGAUGUGACAAACAUAUCUAUUAAAACUGCAACUGGUAUAAAUAAGGUAAUACAAUUGUAUCGCGCCAGGGCAUUAGUAGAAAUAGGUGUUUUGGUGGACUCCGUGCAAAGAAACAAAAAGGUGUUUCGGAGAGGUUUGAGCGAUAUAAUCCCCGAUUGUGACACUGAUACAUCUGCACGGCAUUAUAUAGAUGCAGCGCGUGCAAUAUGCAACAACGAUGUAUUCGUACUACAAAAAUGUGGAAAAAUGUAUAGAUACAUUCAAGAAAUAGAUUUAUCAAUUGAGUUGUUACAGAAAGCCGUUGCUAUCAAACCGAGCUCGUUUGGUCUUCAUCAUUUGGCUUUAUCUCUGAAACGGUGUUUAGAAAUGAAAAGUCCAGAAUGGAAUCAUAGAAGAGGACGCGGCAGGGGAAGGCAUGUACGACAGUUGCAUUACGGAAAUAGCCGGGAACGAGAUACUUAUACAGCUGAACCUUGUCAGCAAGAGCCCAAAAUCAAUCGAUCUGUAUCUCGUGGUAGCGGUAACGAAGACUCAGGAUUUGUCUCAAUGAGCUUUUUGCCUCAUCAACAUGAACGUAGACUCCAACAGCAGUCGCAAUUCUCGGAUGCUCAACAGCUAGAAGAACAGCUGGAUAGUCUAAAACUAGAACCAAGUAAAUUGUGUGCUGCUACCGAAGUAUCAUGCACUAAAAUAAAAAGUCCAGAAUGGAAUCAUAGUAGAGGACGCGGCAGGGGAAGGCAUGAACGACAGUUACAUGACGGGCAUAGCCGGAAACGAGAUACUUAUACAGCUGGACCUUGUCGACAAGAACCUCAAAUCAAUCGGUCUGUAUCUCUUGGUAGCGGUAACGAAGACUCAGGAUUUGCCUCAAUGAGCCUUUUGCAUCAUCAAAAUGAACGUAGACUCCAACAGCAGUCGCAAUACUCGGAUGCUCAACAGCUAGAAGAACAACCGGAUAGUCUUAAACUUGAACCAAGUAAAUUGUGUGCUGCUACCGGAGUAUCAUGCACUGAAAGUCAAGUUAAUACAGUUUCACACACGCUGACCGGCUUACAAAAAAGCUCAUCAAACGAACGCUUCUAUUCUUCCAGUAACAGGCGAGGAAGAGGUCGCCACGGUAGGCGUGUGCGUCAGCCAUUUAGAAGGUGCAUCAGCGAGUUACCGAGGAACAGGUCAUUCGAAAAUAUGAUUAAAAGUCCAAAAAAGGUCAUGUUAAUUGAUACAAAUCUUGAUUCUAAAAAGACGAUCGACGCAGUUCUUGAUAACCUGGAUAAAGCGAUUGAACUGAAUAAUACAGCUGCUCUAUACGACAAAGGACUAUUUCUUCGUCAAAUCAAAGAUUCUGAUCAAGCGUAUGAUAUAUUUAAGAAAGUCAUCAAAGAUGAGCGAUGCUCUCUGGUCCUUUUGGCUAAUUCAUACGAACAGGCUGCUUAUUGCAUUUUAGACAAGAACAACAAGUCCGAAGAGUUUCAAAUGCAAUAUUAUUUGAAGCGGUCUGUAGAAGUUUCUUGCAAUCUCGUUGCCAAGAUUCCGUUUUUGAAAAAUUGCUGGCAAGCUGCUCCGACUCUUCUAGAUUUUCUAAAUCGCAAAGCGAAAACUACAGAAACACUGCGAAAUCUUGGUUUUCUUUACGAUAAGAUGGAAAAUUUCCAAAAUGCAAUUGACGUCUAUGAGGAAUUGUUGCAAAAGCUUGAAGAAACAGGUGAGAAAAUUGAAAUUUUGACCGAAAUGAUAAAAACAUUUAUCAGUUUGGGAAGAUAUGACGAUGCCGUCCUUGCUUUUGAUACAAUCAUGUGCUUGCCGGAUGGACGCGCACAAAUUGACGAGGACUUGUAUAUAGAUGUGCAUAUCGAAGGCGGACUACAAUCUUUAAUAAAAGAAGAACAUGCUAUGGCACAACUCAGGCUUAAAAAUGCUAUACAGUUCAAUGCAAACACAAAUGAGGACAGUGAAGAAACAGAAGAGGCAAGACAUGACGAAAACGAUGUCAUUGGGCAGAAGUUUGACAUUUAUAUUUUAUGUGACGAUGAAAAAGCUGAAGAAAAAUUCAUGAAUCUUUUUGCGAAUUUGAAGACCCUUGGUCUUUCGGUUACAUUGAAUGAAAUAGAUGUUCCGCCAGGUCAAACCACAAUGGAAGGCAUUUCAUAUGCGAUGGAGGCUUCUCACCAUUUUAUAAUAGCUUUGGAAGCAAAACCGACUAGGACGUUUCAACACAGGGUGGCGAUGAUAAAUCAGAUACUGCAUGAGCGAAAACAUGGCAACAUGAUUAUUCUAGCGCCUCCAAACUUCGAACUUCCAAAAUGGUUAUAUGGCUCUAAAGUGAUAAACAGCGAUGUGGAGUUUGAUAAGGACGCAGAUGUUCAGAGAAUUUUAAACAACGCAUCUUUGCGUUAUAAACUGAAGGAGAUCAUUUCAACACUUUCGAGACAUCGAGAAGCUUCUUAAUUCAGAGGAAUGUAUGCAGCAUAUUAACUUAUCGGAAAAGAAAAUAUUAAACACAAUUCUAUUUCAUAAAUGGCAAGUUUUUUGUUAGCCUAAUUCCUUUUGUCAAUUUGGAGCACUUUUUGGGAUAUUUGAGUCUAUCAGAAAAAAUGACUGACACGGAAAACUAUCAUGAAUAUUUACAAUAUGAAAGCUACUUAAGUGGUAAUCGUAAUAGCUAUCUCAAAACGUUUGUGGUUAUUGUAAAGCAGUUCUAUGCCAACAUACACUCGAUUAAGUUUGUGUAUGAAGUAUAUAUAGUAUAUCAUGAAUCAUCCACUCACAAUCGCCCCUUGUUAAAUUAUCCCCCCCCCCCUUCGAAGAAGAGGGGGUACAUUGUUUUGCACAUGUCGGUCGGUCCGUCCACCAAAUGGUUUCCGGAUGAUAACUCAAGAAAGCUUAGGCCUAGGAUCAUGAAACUUCAUAGGUACAUUGAUCAUGACUGGCAGAUGACCCCUAUUGAUUUUCAGGCCAUUAGGUAAAAGGUCAAGGUCACAGUGACUCAAAACAGUAAAAUGGUUUCCAGAUGAUAACUCAAGAACGCUUAGGCCUAGGAUCAUGAAACUUCAGGUCGAAGAUCAAGGUCACAGUGACAAAAAACGGAUUAACACAAUGGCUGCCACUACAACUGACAGCCCAUUUGGGUGGCAUGCGUGUACAACAAACAGCCCUUGUUUUAUUUAUUAUUUCUAUUAAUAAUUUUAUUUUAGUCAGUCAACAGAAAUAGUUUCUGAACCUUGACAGGAGUUUGUGAAGUAAAUUAUUGUCUGCUUAAUCCAUGAACUGUUGCGAUUAUAUUUACUUUUGUCUCCAACAUUGAAAUUACCAUGUUUAUGUAAAGAAUAGUUUAAAUCUAGCAUGUUUCAUGUCAUCUGGAUCAACAUUUUCAGUUAUAGACGAAACGGUAUGGUCUAUAGGAGCAAUUGUUUGUCUAAAUGACACAAAUAUCUCUUACUUAUGAUAAAAUUGUUGUUAAGAUUUCUGUGUACUAUUUAAACAUUUCCGGUAACUGUCGACUAAGUCCGGCCUAUUGUUUAGAACCAAUAUCUGGGGACAUCUCAAAGUGUGGUUUUUCUAUCAAGAUACCGUUAAUAUUGGUAUAAAUGAUAAUUUACCCAUAUUGAGUGUGUAAAGAGGUAUUCAUUCUGAAUUGUGUUUGAAAUGUUUAUGUAUUUCAAUUUUUAAUUAAAUUACAUAUUAUUUUCAUCGUAAAAUUGUGUACUGAGUAUUAGUUAUUUCAGUCCAUCAAUUGCUAUGAAGUGGAAUCGUUAAACAUUAAGAUUGUUAUUAAGUCUAUAAAUCAUACACAUGCGUGAUAAUGCACGACUUGCAACAAUACUCUUGAAGACUUUUCUAACGCAACAAUGUUCAAACUUGAAUAUCUCAGUAAUGAGUUAAGAUUUUGAUUUAAAAAAGCACACGUGAUCAUUUGACUACAAUGUGUGCAAGAUUACGAUAAAUUCAUUUAUCCUUGAAAAUCGGGCGCUUUUGCACGUGGGGGAGGUGUAGUUUCAUCUUUUUACACGUGAAAAUGACGAAACGCGAUAUGAUUCUUAUUUUAUUUCAAUUUCUUCAUUUUAGGUAGGUUGAUACACCAAGAAAACAUACAAUUUAAAAAUCAACACGUCUCGUAUACAAUUUCAGGAGCGCAACAGCGCCAUCGCCAUGUUGCAGGCUCCCUUCCCCAAUUUCUGAAGCAUCCGAUCGUCACGGAUGAAUGAUUUUAUCGUUUGCUUGCACAUACUGUAGUCAAAUGAUCACCUGUACAAUUUUCAAUCAAAGUAUUUACUCAUUACUGAGAUAUUUAUGUUUGAAAAAUGGUGUGUUCAAAAAGUCAUCAAGUGUAGUACAACAAUAUAUAAUUCCAAUUUAAUUUUUCAAUUUCAUCAUUCUAGGUGGGCUUUUACACCAGGAAAACACCAUUAAUUAGAAAACAAUAUGACUCGUAUAAAUAUUCAUGAGCGAAAUGUUGCAAGCCGGUCGGUCAUUAAGACGUAAAAGUUAAUGCGUUUUACUUUUCACAUUAUUAUUUGACGAUGUACGAGUUUGAGAAUUUUACGUUUUUAUUGACUUCUUUUUAAUUUUUAAUGUUUGAUAUUUUAAUGUUGAUCAAUUUCAAUUAAAUUUACAUGAAGCCUAGGAUAUGUUCUGACUUAGUCUGAGUCUAAAUUUCAACAAAAUCCGUUAUCAAAUAAGGGAGCUUUAUUGAUUUCAGUACGUGUUGCGUUAGAAAGUCUCCAAGUGUAAAUUCAAUUGAUAUUAUAAGUCAGUACAAAGCACAGGCGGUUAGCGUGUGGCAAUGAGAUUAAUUAGUAAACACAUAAUUUUGAAUGAAAACAUAAUCAAAUAAAAACGAAAAAUCACAUAUCUGAAAAAAAAUCGCUAUCAACUAUUCAACUCACAAUGACCCCAAAACAGGGUGCAUCGCUUUGAACAGCCAUAACUUCAUCAAUUGUGCAUCGAUUUCCAUUAAAUCGGUCAUAUUCAACGCAGAAAAAAUACAUAUCUUGUAAUAUUUGUACAAAUGAUGGGUCAAAUUUUAAGAAAUAACAAUACACAACUCGCGUGACCUAUUCGUCAUCGAUCAGACCCGAUCCAAGACUGAAAUCUUCACGGAGUUAAGGGCAUUUUCCCUGCAAAUUUCACGGACCUCGGUACCAUAAUUCAAUAAAACGUAUAAGAAACAUUCUUACCGUUCCUGCCGUUACAUAAUGCAUGAAAACCAAUUGUCCAGCGCCGUUCGAAACCUUUGUUUAUAUACAAUUCAACUGGCCGACAUUUUAAACACACGAGUGAUUUCAUUGGUCCAACGCGAAGGUGUGUCUUUACUCCUAAAUAUUUCAUAGUUGAAUACCUUGUUAUAUAUAUAUAUUUGAUAGUGAAUUUGUUUUUCAGAGAAGUUGAUUUUUCGUUAUAAUUUGAUUAUUUUUCAUUCAAAAUGAUGUUUUUACUAAAUAUUAUCAGAGCCACACGAUAAUAACGUGGUACACAAAUUUAUUUUUUGAAAACAGUUUACAUUUUAAUAUCAAAAUAUAUGUUUUACCAAAAAAGGAUGUUACCGUGUAGACAAUGAUAUUUAUAACAAACAUGACACAACAAUAAACUAUAUAAUAUAAUUACCAUAAUUGUAUUAUAAUAUUAUAUGCAGUUAUUCAUUAUAUAAGGCUGUUCACGUGUUUUACUACUAUUAACUAUGAAAGCCCAAAUAAACGGUGUCUUCUUCCAGCGCCCUGCAAUCAUAGCUCUUCAGACAAAUUUCCGCAAAACACAUCUAAGAGAUUUAUUUUCCUGACCUACGGACUGAUUAAAUUUUUCAAUCUACAUAAGCACGUUUAUACAAAAAACAAUUACCAAAUAACUUUUACUUUCUGUAUUGGUGAGACUUAAUAGCUAAUAUUAUAAUAACAGUUUGUAACCAGUUUUUGUUUUUGCUAAAUGGCCAGUCAAAGUGUGAUUGCCCACUUAUUAUGCUUGGUUUUCCUAUACUUCAUAAUAUAUUUUUAAGAUGAUUCAACAUUUUAAUUUUUAUGUUUGAAGGACACUUUAAAUGUAUUGAUACUUAUAUAUUAUUAUUGUACAUUAGUGUGUUUUUGUGAAUAGAUUUCAAUAAAUCGAUACUUUAACACAGAAAGUGGUAAUUUAUUAGACAACGUGUUGCAUGCUUAAGAUGGUAGUAUGUCACUAAGUAGAUUGCAUACUCGCCGCGCCAGAGGCUACAUUAUGUGUAGCACUCCUACCUAUAUUACCUACAAGACUCCAGCUAUCUCGUUGUUACUGAAAGAUUUUCAAUGUUGGUUUAGUACUCUAGCUGUUGUGAGGGAAAUCCGGAGAACCCGGAGGAAACCCCACCUGUCCAGUAUGGUGACAACCAAUCAAACUCGCAUGGUGCUGAGAAGGAUAAUUUCCAUAGGUAUAUUUGAACACCUCAUUAUUGUCUGUCUUUUCUCUAUCAAACGAAUUACUACCAUCACACUCAAAGAACAGCAUAAGACUGCUUUUUCAAUCAGAAUGUGUUGUUUUUUUCACAGACAAAAUUUUCUUGAUGCGACGCCAUCUAAGUUCAAACAUUUGUACCGGAAGUUGUUAGGCAGGCAUUGUUAAUUUAGUC